UAGUUGCAGAGUCGUACUACUGUGCCAUGGCAGAGAACUAUAACAUUAUUUUAAAACUCAAUUGUUUAUUUAUUUUUCUUCUCUGAAACUGAGUCACAGCAAGACCCUUUUCCGAGAUCCCGUUUCUGAACGAGUUGAGUGAGUCAAACACCGAAUUGAAAGGCUGUGCAAGUUGCCAUUGUAACCCACCAACACCUGGACGGAGUCUUAGACAGUAGUACUAAUAUUCACUAUAUUUUAUUCCACCAAUUCCUACGUUACGUACUUUUUUAUGUGCUUUUUUUUUAUUAUUAUUAUUGUAUUAACUUAUAUUAUUACUGCCAUGUGUUUGCCUUGGUUGGUCCAAGUUUCCACCAUAUAUGUGUUUGUUUUUAACAUAUGUAAACAGUGGAUCUGAGCUUCAUCUCUACUAAUAAACUCGUAUGGGUCCCCUUUGUUGCAGCACUGGAGCCGGAAGUUUCAGAUAUCUCUGUGGGUUUCUGUGAAGUAACAUUAAUACUUUUUGUUUGAUUAUAUACACACACAUAUUGCUAUUAAAAGGCAUGCCAUAUGUUUGACAUAAUUUACAAGUAGUAUUAUUAUCAUUUUAUGCUGUUGAGUUUUAUUUCAAUGGCUAUCUUUUGAGCUCAUUUCAUGGUUGUUUUGCUUCUUUUUAUCCAUAAGGGGUAGCAAGUCUUUGUUGAGAAAUUUCAACUUGGAACAGUUCUGGUCUCGUUAGAUCUACUUCUCUAAGAAGUUUAAGGGAAGGAUUGGUAGCUAAGAAAUUAUCUAAAGCUCAUUGUUUGGUGUGAGUGAAAAUUAAGAGGGAGAAAGGUAGAGAGGUUUAGUCUUUGCUUUGAGGGAAAAUGAGAUCUAUAGAGGAUAAGGGGUGCUACAACCAUGGACCAGUGCAAGAGAAUCUAUCAAGUAGCAGUGGUUUAGGCUUUGAGUUUCACAAAGGGAAUAAUGGAGGGAAUAAUCGUAUGUCUCACCACCAUGGCCACCACCAUCGAACAGCCUUAGGCAAAUCAACGCCGUCGAAAUGGGACGAUGCACAAAAGUGGCUAGUUGGGUUGUCAAGAGGGGUAGAGAAAAACCAGUCCUCCAAAACCAAACCCAGAAACUCAAAUGCAGAUGAUUUGAGACUAAUAGCUCCUGUACCACAAAAGGAACAAGGAAACUCUAGUGGUGAUGAAGAAGAAGAUGAAGAUGAAAGAGUACAAGAAGAGGUUCAUGGUUGUGCUAGUUCUGUUAAAAUGGCUCAGUAUGAUGUUGAGACUACAAAGAAGGUAGAUGGCAACUAUGAGUCGGUAUGGCGAGUUAACAAGCCUGUGGACAACUCAACAGCAAUUGUCAGAUCGAUAUGUGUUAGGGACAUGGGCACUGAGAUGACUCCUAUUGCUAGUCAGGAGCCUUCAAGAACUGGUACUCCUCUCAGGGCCACAACUCCUGUGGUAAGAAGCCCAAUAUCUUCAGGCUCUUCCACUCCGGCGAGGUGUCAGCAUCGGCUGCCGCCUACUAUGGAGGGCCAGCAAACUUGUCCAUUGUCAUCAGAUGGCAGAGGUGAGGCCAACCCUUCUUCUGGCAGGGGAAAUGGUUCCACCAGAAGGUAUGUAGAAGAAGCAAAUGAGUGCAGGAAUAAGGUUGAUCCGAGCCAAAAUUUAGAUGAGGGUGGGAAGCUGAAUCCAUUGGAAACCCGAGCAGUGGCUUGGGAUGAGGCUGAGCGGGCCAAAUACAUGGCAAGGUAUAAGCGUGAAGAGGUUAAGAUCCAAGCAUGGGAGAAUCACGAGAAGAGGAAAGCUGAAAUGGAGAUGAGAAAAAUGGAAGUCAAGGCUGAGAGAAUUAAAGCCAGGGCAGAAGAAAGGCUGGCUAACAAGAUUGCAUCCACUAGAAGAAUAGCAGAAGAAAAACGCGCGAAUGCAGAGGCAGAACUGAAUGAGAAAGCUGUAAGAACUUCAGAAAGAGCAGAUUACAUUAGAAGAACUGGUCACUUGCCUUCUUCAUUCUCUUUCAAGUUACCUUCCCUUUGCUGGUAGCUAGAGAUGUCAAUGGGGCGGGUUUCGGGGUGGGGAAUAAAAACCGCCCCGCCCCAUUUAAUACCAAGCAAAACUGCCCCACCCCCUUUAAUACAUGGAAAAACCGCCCCCGAUGGGGUAAAUUGCCAAGACUGCUGGUAGCAAAUCCAUCAAUGGAAGCUUGUUUUUCCAACUCUUUUUUUAAAUAUACAUAUGGAAGCAUGUUAUUUUUUCUGAAAUCUGUCAUAAAAGUGUUACAUUCUGUAGUAAAUGCCUUGUGUUUUAAGUUAAAUAUUGAAUCAACUUACUGCGAUUGAUUAUGAAAAUUACUUAUCUUUGCUUUAUUCUUA